UGCGUUGUCGUCGAGUCAGCCGGAGGCCGCCGCGGCGCUGACACCGCAGCAUUUCCACAUCUAUUGACAAUAUUAAUUCCGGAUAUCAAUUAUUACGAUCGGUCUAAUAAUAAUAAAGAGUAGGCAUCGGUCUAAAAAUGGACGUGGAAGAGUUCCGAGUACGGGGUAAAGAAAUGGUGGAUUAUAUUUGCACGUAUAUGACCACGCUGCGUACGCGGCGGGUUACUCCGUCUGUGGAACCGGGAUACCUGCGGGCAGCGUUGCCGGCCGAAGCGCCCCAUCAUCCCGAGAAUUGGGAUGACGUGAUGGACGAUGUAGAGAAUAAAAUCAUGCCAGGAGUCACCCAUUGGCAGCACCCACGAUUUCAUGCAUACUUCCCGUCGGGCAACGGCUAUCCGUCCAUCCUUGGGGAUAUGCUGUCAGCUGGCAUCGGAUGCAUCGGAUUCUCAUGGGCGGCUAGUCCUGCCUGUACAGAGUUAGAAAUCAUCAUGUUAGACUGGAUGGGUAAAGCGAUUGGACUACCUCCGGCAUUUUUAGCACUCGAGGAAGGUAGUAAAGGUGGAGGAGUAAUAGAGGGAUCAGCGAGUGAAUGCGUUCUUGUCUCGAUGCUAGCAGCUCGAGCAAAUGGCAUCAAAAGAUUAAAACAUCAAUUUCCAACUGUGGACGAGGGUCUGCUCCUCUCCAAACUUAUAGCGUAUUGUUCUAAGGAAGCUCACUCAUGCGUCGAGAAGGCUGCAAUGAUAUGUUUUGUUAAAUUACGAAUUUUGCAGCCUGACGAAAACGGGUCACUCAGAGGCGAAACAUUGAAAGAAGCUAUGGAAGAAGAUGAAGAAGCUGGACAUGUGCCAUUCUUUGUUUCUAUUACAUUAGGCACUACUUCGUGCUGUUCAUUUGACAACUUGCCAGAGAUAGGGCCUGUUGUAAGAAAAUUCCCGUCGGUUUGGCUACAUGUAGACGCCGCAUAUGCUGGCAGCUCUUUCCUUUGUCCAGAACAUAAGCACCACUUAGCAGGGAUCGAGUAUGCAGAUUCCUUCAACACUAAUCCAAACAAACUGAUGCUGACUAGUUUUGACUGUUCACUUUUGUGGGUCAAUAAUCGGUACCUGUUGACAUCUGCGCUUGUCGUCGACCCUCUCUAUCUCCAACAUUGCUAUGAUCACACAGCGAUUGAUUAUCGUCAUUGGGGUGUGCCACUCAGUCGCCGUUUUAGAUCACUAAAGCUUUGGUUCAUGUUGAGAAGUUAUGGAAUCAGUGGUUUGCAAAAAUACGUGCGUCGACAUUGCGAAUUGGCAAAAUAUUUCGAGCAACUUGUUAAAAAAGACGAUAGGUUCGAAGUGUGUAAUCAAGUAAAGUUGGGUUUGGUAUGUUUUCGUUUGGUUGGAGGACCAGAUGAAACGGAUGAGCAGAUUGAUGAGAUGAACAAAAAGUUACUGACGAAUAUCAAUGCGUCGGGAAAGAUCCAUAUGGUGCCGGCAUCAGUACGUGAACGAUUUGUAAUACGUUUUUGUGUGGUUCAGCAACACGCCACGCGGGAAGAUAUUGAAAUAGCAUGGGACAUUAUAACAGAAUUCGCUACCGAACUUUUGGAAGGACCAGAUAAAGAACGGGAUUUGAACGAAGAGCGCGCUCGAAGACACCGUGCCGCUUUGGCGCACAAGCGUUCAUUCUUCGUACGCAUGGUGAGCGACCCCAAGAUCUACAACCCGGCCAUAAACAAGACACCGCCGCCGGCGCCUACUUCUCCCUCCUCCCCUCCACCCGCUGUGCCCACCACGCCUGACACGCCUGACUCGGAACUACAACCACCGACACCAAAACAAUCUUCUUGGAUAAGCUGGCCACUAGCGUUCUUCUUCCAGAGCGUUGAUCACGAUCCGAAUGAUUUACCAUUAAGAUUCCGUCAUUUGGAUACCAUGGUGCGUCUGAAAAGUCCUGGGGCUUCUAGUCGGCGCAGCUCGUCGCCAUGCGCUUCGCCCGAACGUCGCGCGCCCUCGCCCUCCGCACACUGAUCGACCAAUUAUAAUACAUUACAGACCAUACGAUGUUCUAACCAAUAUUUCCUAAGCAUUCAAUGUCUUCAUUAAAAAUUGUAUAAAUACA